ACUUAGAAGAACAAAAGAAGCUUCCACGGUUUUACACGAAAGCCCUGGAAACAUUUGCCACGUCAAAAUAUUUUGACAAGUGUUUUCAACCGUCAAGAGAAAAAAGUUCAUCCCACAUAUUAAUAUCACCAUCACCGGCGUCUUCUCCACCCAGAUAUUUGAAAUUAGAACUAGUAAAACGAAUGGAAUCCAGAUUAGCAGCCACCGCGAGAGUCAACUUCCGACUACUUUCCGGCGUGUCCCGCCACCAAUCCCUUUGCAGGGGACUCGCCACGGUUCCCCUCCCAACUCGUCGCGUCGCUGACCCUGCCAUUCAUGGGGAAUCCCCUAGCGAGAGCGAUACACUAGUGACAGCAAGGGCUGCAGCCACCGCAGAGAAGAAGGAAACAGAGCACAAGCCCACAAAAGACCUUGACCCAUUGAUGCCCCCAAAACCACCCUACGCACCCUCUCCGAAACUAGAGAGCCCCGCCGUCACGCCACCUAUUGACCCCAUCCCUCAGCAAAAGCGCCGCCACACCACCGUCAAAAACAGGGCAGCGAUCGACAACGUGAGUUGCGCAGCCUUAGACGACGGCCCAUGGCCAGACGACGGAGGAGAAAGCCGCAGACAAUUGAGGACAGAACAAGAGGAGGAUUAUAAGGAGUAUUACGACCACCAUAAGGCGUCGCCGUUAUCGGAGAUUGAGGUCGCGGAUACGAGGAAGCCAAUCACGAGGGCUACGGACGGGACGGCGGAUUCGUACGUGGGGGAGAUAUUAGAUGUGGUUUUGUGGAGGGAGGAGCAACUGGACACGGCCGAAGAGGCGCUGAGGAGGGCUAUGGAGAUUUGGAAACAGUCGGCGACGAGGGGGGAUCCUGAUUCUCCGCACGGUAGAGUCCUCAGGGCUCUCCGUCGUGAGAAUUGGUGAUCAUUGUUACUGCUACUGUUGUGAAAUGGUAAAAUUGAGGCCUCAACUUGAUUUUUUGUUUUGUGUUUAUUAAAAAAAUUGCAUUUUGUAGUUGCACGUCAAACUUUUUUAGAUUGUUGGGUUAAAUUGUUAGUAUUAAUUUUAAAUAAAAAAGUUGGGAUUGGAGUUCAA